CGGAUGAAUACAUGUGCGCUCCUCGCCGCGUCCACAGCCAGAGCCGCAGCAGCGCACGCAGCCCGACGAGACCUGCGUUUAGUCUAGUCUGGAGAUUAUCACGCUUUGUUCCCUACAAACAUGGCUGACCAGUUAACAGAGGAGCAGAUCGCCGAGUUCAAGGAGGCUUUCUCCUUAUUCGACAAGGAUGGUGAUGGCACCAUCACGACCAAAGAGCUGGGCACAGUCAUGCGGUCGCUGGGUCAGAACCCCACGGAGGCAGAGCUGCAGGACAUGAUCAAUGAGGUGGACGCUGAUGGAAAUGGAACCAUAGAUUUCCCAGAGUUCUUGACAAUGAUGGCCAGGAAAAUGAAGGACACAGACAGUGAGGAAGAGAUUCGCGAGGCUUUUCGGGUAUUUGAUAAGUUGCUCAAAGUCAAACCACCUGAGGUCACAUUAGUGCCGACAUGCAUCUCUAUUCUCUCCUGGAACACAAAUGAAACACUGGGUCAAGCAGAGUUCACAAGACAGAAGUCUGACACUUUCCUGAUAACACCAAAGUGA